AUGCCAAAACCACGCACCGACGUCCUCAUCACCGGCGCCGGCCCAAGCGGCCUCGUCCUCGCCCUCUGGCUAACCCGCCAAGGGCUAAACGUCCACAUCAUCGACAAAGCCCUCGCAACAGCCUCGACAUCCCGAGCCCUUGCCAUCCACGCACGAACCCUCGAACUCUACCGCCAGCUCGACCUCUCCGACGAGCUCCUCUCCCUAGGCCACAAAGUCGAAGCCACGAAUCUGUGGUCUGAAGGCUCGUAUCGCGCGCGCAUCCCGAUCGGCGACGUCGGGAAAGGACUAACGCCGUAUCCGUUUGUGUUUAUUCUCUCGCAGGACGUGCACGAGCGGGUGCUAGAGAGACGGUUAAAUGAGAUGGGCGUGAUCGUGAAUCGGAAUCGCGAGUUGGUUGGGUUUGACGAACACGAGACGCAUGUCAGCGCGAGAUUGAAGAAUACAGAGGACGGGGAGAUCGAGAUCCGCGAAGCAAGCUACCUAGUUGGCUGCGACGGGGCGCAUUCAGCCGUUCGCCAUAUCAGCGGGAUCGAGUUCGAAGGCGACACAUACACGCAGCUAUUUUACGUGGCGGAUAUCGAAGCCAGCGGGCCGGCGAUGAACGGCGAAGCGCAUGUCUCCUUCAACCAGUCGGACUUUUCUCUCCUGUUUGCGUUAGACGCCGGCAAGACCGCUAGGUUAGGAGGGGCUGUUGAUGAGAGCCGGAUCGCGAAAGACGCGGGCGAGAUCACAUUCGAAGAUCUGGCCCCGUCGAUGCGCAAGAACAUGCAGCUGGACGUCAGCAAAGUAAACUGGUUCACGACGUACCAGGUGCAUCAUCGGCUGGCGAAGUCGUUUCGGAAAGGUCGUGCGUUUCUGGUCGGCGAUGCAGGACACAUUCAUAGUCCGGUGGGCGGACAGGGAAUGAACACUGGGAUCGGCGACGCGAUUAAUCUAGCCUGGAAGCUGGCGGCUGUGGUACAGGGGAAGGCAGAUCCUGCGCUGCUGGAUACGUACGAGGUCGAGCGUCGUGCCUUUGCGAGCACCCUUGUGCAGACCACGGAUUGGGCUUUCAAUUCGAUUGUUGGGACUGGAUAUCUCGUCAGUUCUUUCCGGACGUGGAUCAUCCCGUACGCGGCGCCGUUUAUGACGCGAUUCGAAAAGUUCAGACAUAGGGUCUUCCGGGGAAUGUCGCAGACGUUAAUCAACUAUCGGCAGAGCAGUCUGUCGGCCGGGAAUAUCGGGGAAGUUCAGGGCGGUGAUCGUUUGCCCUGGGCUCCGGUAGGAGAUGUUGACAACUUUGACACCCUCGGGGCGAUUGCAUGGCAGGUGCAUGUAUAUGGCCAGGCAGAUGAGAAGUUGGCGGACUGGUGUCGAAGGAAGGAAGUGCAUCUGACGGUCUUCCCAUGGAACGAGAAGUACCAGAACGUUGGGCUUCAAAAGGAUACAGCUUAUCUACUUCGACCGGACACCUAUGUUGCAGUAGUGGAGCCAUCAGGACUUCCGGACCAAUUUGAUGAAUAUCUGGAAACGAACAAGCUUUGCGUGCUUUGA